UAUUAGCGAGACUUGGGCUUUUAGUCUCGCAACGGAGCAUUUCGGACCUGCGAGAAGCUCGACGGCGCCGCUGGCUCGUCGACGGGGCGGACGUCAUGUCAGUCAGUGUCGUCGUCUUCUCCGGCGCGGAAAAUGUCGACGCAGAGAACUCAUCGUCAUGGAUAGGGCGCGGCAAGUGGAUCGUUAAGACCUCGUCUCAGGCGGGAGACGUGUCGUCCUCCUCGUCGACCUCGGUGGAGCAUUGUUCUUGGGAUCCACUCAGACGACGGCGUACAGUCUGAGCUUGCGGACUCUCUGUUGCGCCCGUCGCUGUUCUUGAGGUAUUUGGCCGAGGAUAUGGAAACAUCCAUUUCACAGCGAGAAGCAGCUGUGGAGGUAAGAACUGAUUCUGCGAAUAUACUCGUGGAAUAACGAAUUUAUUUCGUCCGAAAAUUAAUGCUUAAUUUUUGAAAAGUUGACUUCGUUUUGGCAUUAUUAAAGGAAAUGAAUCAAUUGUUUGCUUUGUUUUUGGAAACUGAAAAAUUUAUUUCAUUCUUAGACUUAUUUUAUCAUAUCGCCAAUCACCGAUAUUCAUACCUUUUCAAAUGAUACGCGAAAUCAUAAGAGAUUCUGUUGAAACCUGAGAGAAGAAAUAAAAGAAAUGAGCUAAAGAUGAUAACAAAACGAAUCUGUCUCGAAGUAAAUUUCAGAGUAACGAGUGCGGGCUUUCUCAAGGUUGGGAAAGAGCAUGGAUUGUAUUGUUUUUACAUGUCGUACAUUUGUCCAGCGAUCAUAAAAUUCAAACUGAUUCUUGCCAUUGGAAUUGGUUAAUUUUAUCACCUGUUUGUUUACUACCAAGAAUUUUGGCAAGUUGUUUUAGUCCCGAUGUUCAGCAUUACUGGAAGCCUUAGUAGUCUUGGUUUUAAUUAGUUUCACUUGCUUCAUGCAUGAUUUUUCUCUGUUAGUAAACUGACUGUGCCUCGUCCCAUAAUUAAUCAUACAAAAUAAUGUUUUCAACUUCAGUGUCGAGGCCAAUUUCCUUGAGGAUAAUUGAUAAAUUGCCUCAGUGAGCACUUCCUCUGCUAGUUUUUCAAGCCUAGAAUCAUCACUUUUAAGUAGUAAGAAAAGAUAGUCUUUCGAGGCAGGAGAUUUAUAAUGGAUAGAUCUAGUUUCUUCACUUUCUUUUGUUUCCUUGUGUUGUUGUCUAUGUUGGAGAGAUCAUUUGCCAAUGACAGAAUUACUCCAAACCAACCCUUAAGUGAUGGAGAAACGCUAGUCUCCCCCACACAAAAGUUUGUGUUAGGUUUCUUUUCUCCUCCUAACUCGCUGAACAGGUACCUCGGAGUAUGGUACCAGAAGUGUCCUCGCUCAGUUGUUUGGGUUGCGAAUAGAGAUCAAGCAAUUAACAAUACAAGUGGUAUUUUUUCCAUAAGCAAAAUCGGGAACCUGGUUCUUCUCGAUGGAGCGAAGAAUGUUAUUUGGUCUGCAAAUCUUUCCAGGCUCGAAGAGAAUCCAAUUGCUCAGAUUCUGGAUUCCGGAAACUUUAUCAUCUGUGGAAAUACUAGUAGGAAUCCAUAUCUUUGGCAGAGCUUUGAUUACCCAUCAGACACGUUACUGCCUGGAAUGAAGCUGGGAUGGGAUUUAAAUACUAAACAUGAAAAAUUCCUGACGUCAUGGAGAAGUCCUGAUGAUCCCUCUCCUGGAGAUUUUACUUACAGGCUUAACAUUGAUGUUUUGCCUGAAUUGGUUGUCAGCAACGGGUCAAUUAGAAAUUUCAGGUCUGGGCCAUGGGAUGGAGACAAGUUUGCUGGUGUUUCAGCAGUUCCCAACUUUAUUUUUAGACCUACUAUGGUAUCUACUCAGGAUGAGAUUUAUUACAUGUAUGAAUCCAUUAGUGACACCUUGGUUAUACAUCUAACCUUGAACGGAACGGGUUUUACAAAAAGAAUGAUACUUGAUAUGGAAGAAGAACGUUGGCAUAGUUGGUACACUAUGCCAUUCGAUCGCUGCGAUAGUUAUAAUUAUUGUGGUGCCAACAGUGUUUGCAGUAUUAGCAAAGAAAAAGCCUGUAACUGCUUGAACGGGUUUGUGGAGAAACCUGAGGUUCACAAAUGUGCAAGGGUAUCAGAAGUAGAUUGCAAAGCAGAAGGAGAGUUCACGAGACUUGCAGGAGUGAAGUUGCCAGACCUGUUGCAGGUUCAGUUGAAGAAUAGUUUAGACCUGCAAGAAUGUAAAGAAGAAUGCUUGAAUAACUGUUCAUGUACGGCGUAUGCUAAGUCAAAUUUACCUGACAAAAAGGGUUGUUUGCUGUGGUAUGGCGACCUGAUUGAUAUGAGGGAGGUCUCAGAUGAGUACAGGGGUCAAGAGAUUUACAUAAGAACCACUCCAAAGCAAGGGCCAAACAAUAUCUAUGAUUGGGAGAAAUUCAUGAAUUCUGUCCUACUAUAUUCGGUCCUGCCAUAUUCACUCAUUGCUGCAGGCAAUCUGAUUGUGGGCAUUGUAUUCUGCAUUUUCUGGACGAAAAAGGGGAGAAAAGCCAAGCAAGUCAGGAAUGUGGAUUUGGAUGUGACAGUAUUUGAUUUCACCACCAUUCGCAAGGCCACAAACAAUUUCUCUAAUGAGAAUAUUAUUGGAAAAGGCGGUUUUGGUCCUGUUUACAAGGGGACUCUUUCAACAGGGCAAGAAGUGGCUGUGAAAAGGUUGGCAAAGGAUUCGCAACAGGGCAUCGAAGAAUUUAGAGCUGAAAUUGUUGCAAUUGCCAAACUUCAACACAAGAAUCUUGUUGCUCUUUUGGGUAUCUGUGCAGCAAAAGAUGAAAGAAUGUUGAUCUACGAGUUUAUGCCCAACAAAAGUCUGCACCAUUUCAUCUUUGAUCAAAAAGGCAAAGCACUUCUGCCAUGGCCAAAACGUUUUGAUAUUAUCAUGGGGAUUGCCCGAGGACUUCUCUACCUACACCAAGACUCCAAACUCCCAAUUAUUCAUCGGGAUCUCAAAGCAAGUAAUAUUUUACUAGACAGUAACAUGAAUCCUAAAAUUUCAGACUUUGGAUUGGCUAGAACUUUCGAAGGUAACAAUGAAGAAAUGCAGACAACAAGAGUUGUUGGAACAUAUGGUUAUAUGUCACCGGAGUACGUGCUCGAGGGAACUUUUUCAGUAAAAUCUGACAUCUUUAGCUUGGGCGUGCUUAUACUGGAGAUUAUUAGUGGAAAGAGGAAUCCAGGAUAUAGUCAUACUGCUCAUCGCCAGCUGAACCUUCUGGGCCAUACAUGGUUGCUGUGGAGAGACGCCGAUCCCCUGGAAGUAAUGGACAAAUGCCUGAAAGCAUCAUGUGUUAGACAUCAAGUACUUAGGUGUGUUCAAGUGGGACUACUGUGUGUCCAACAGUAUCCAGAAAGCAGACCUCCAAUGUCUUCUGUUGUUUUCAUGUUGACGAGCGAUGAUGCAGGAACAUUGCCUCAACCGGAACAACCCGGUUUCUUCUUUCAAAGAAGUUCUGCCUCUGUAGUUAUGCUCGCACCGGGAAACGACGUAGCUAACGAAGGAACUUCCGCUCCUGUGGUUAAUACAAAAUCGAAAAGAGAAGAAGCCAAUGGAGGAAGUUUCUCAACCUGUUAAACUCCUCGGAGGCAACGGUAGGAAAUUCUGAAGUAGCAACACUUGCUGUUAAUCCUUUACUUUACUCUCCUGUUAAUCCUUACAGCAUAUAAUACCCAAUCCAAAUGCAUUUAUUUUAUUA